AUGACCUGGCAACUGGAUAAAUACGUACUCGUAUGUUAAUAUAAUUUUGUUAAAUUUUAACAGUAAAAAAGUAAUCUUUUUGCUCUUCAACUUAGAUUUAUGCUAUUUUUUGUUUCUUAAAGAAAGUUAUUAUUAUUUUUUGUAACAAAAAAUUUUGAAUUUUAAUUUUUUACAGUUUCAUCCAUUUGUAUGCGCGCUAACUACGUCAGUGACACUAAUUGGGUUGUGGGACAUAUUUUUCGCCACGUACGAAGACUUCCUAAUAUCGAUAUUUUGCCUAAUAAUUGUGGUUGAAGUGCUUGUGGGUGGAGCAAUCACUUUAUUUUUGAAAAAAGAUUCACAGUCUAGAGAUACUGUAACAUUCUACGUAAGGUUUUUGAGGUUUAGUAAAAGUUUUCUUAAAAAUCACAAAAUUUACAUUUAAAAUUUACAAGUUAAAAUUUUCAGUUAGGACCUUUACUAAUAUGUUCAGCGGUAAUCAACUUAACAUCUUCCACUGUUAUGGUAUUUUUUGUAUAUAAAAUGAACAAUGAUCCUCAUUCGCUAUUGGAAAUUGUAAAGUUAGGCUACGGGUCACCUUGGUAUAAUAAAGUCACAGAAGCUUGGGACAGGCUACAUAUAAGUGUAAUUUAUAUUACUUUUUUUUGUGGCCAAAUAGUUUUUAUUAUAGCAGACCAGACUGGUGCUUUGGUUAAACUGUCAUAUUUCACAUUUUCAGAACGAAUGUUGCGGUGUUUACGGCUAUAAAGAUUGGAGGGAAACUGACUGGUAUAAACACCAGAAUACUUAUCCGCCACUGAGAGCUCCAGCAUCUUGUUACAAUAACGUUAUAGUAAGUUUAAUUUUAUUUUUAAUAAUUGAUGUACUGUUCUGUAAAAUGAAAAAAAUUCUAGGGAUGUCAUCUGCCAAUCAGCUUCCAAACAGCAGUUAUGGGAACACUAUUCUCUACAGUGACAUUCAUAAGCACCAUCAUCAAAAUACGAUCUUUUAAAAAUAUUUUGUACGAAAGUAAUCAACGAGUACGACUAGAAUUUGACAACCUGACAGUUUAA